AUGAAGCUGAUUGUUUUUUGCCUUUUUGCAUUCUGUUGCUACCCUUUGGCCAGCUCGGUGACAAACGGGUUUGGAAGAUCACAGGAGAGCCGAAAAUUAGAAGAAGUCCUGAGUGAUUUAAAGAAAUUUAAAGACAGCCUGCAGGUACGUUCUUCUACACUCACAUUUUCACUUUUUGCCCUUUUCUGUCUCAUUAACUGUUGCUUAAUACGAUGUUGUUGGUUUGUCCUGCAGAACAGCCAGCAGCUGGUGUACACCCCACAGAAUAUCGAGGUAAGCCAAACUAACUUCAGCUCACAUCACAGUUACAGCCACGGCUAUGCCUAAUAUCUGUGGUUGAUUACUCAUGGGUUAUCUACAUUUAGAUUAUCAUUAUUAUUAUUAUUUUAAUUUUGUUUCACUGAAUUAUCAUCUAGUUUGACAUCUGUUGCCAUUUGAUUUUGAAAAGAAAAAAAAACAUUUGAAAUGACUUCUUCAUGGUUAAUCUUUGAGGGUACUCUCUGGUCUUAAAAAGUGCAGUAAAACUUCACUUAAAAACAUAAUUUCUUUGCAGUUUCAGGAGAAAAUCAAACUUUAUUUUAGACUAUUAUUUUUACGUUUUUAUACAAAAUAAAUUCACUGUUUGAAAAGUGUAAGACAAACACAAAUUGAAUGUUCUCUAACUUUCCAGGGACCAAACUACCUGUUUAGAUCAACUCUCUGCAUCAGUUAAAAUUAAAUACACUCACUUAAACUUUAAUUGUAAGAUACUGAAGUGUUGUUCGGACUUUUCAGACAUACCUCUUUUAUCUUAAACAGUCCCGAUUACGGAUGCACAUUCUCGUUUUAAAUCAAGAGCGCACACACACACACACCGUGUGUUUGUAAAUUGCUUGUAAACUCAGAGCUGUUUCUUGUCAGCCCUCCUGGUUGAGUCAAGUCAAGAGCUUGCUCACUGUUUUCUCACAACUUCCUUUGCACUCUCGAGCGAAAUGUGAUGAGUAAUCAGGCAGAGAGCAGACAAAACCACUCACACACUUCCUCAUCACACCGCAUACGCUCAAAACGUACACCGGCGUGAAUUUGAUACAUGAGAACUCCUGUCUUGCUGACACUUUUGACACUGUUGUGCUAAACUGUAUAAAAUACGGAUGAAUUAGUAAAGCGAGAAAAAUAAAUCACAGUUUGUGUUCUGGAGCGUUAACUCGGACAAACUCUCUUAACCUUCGUGGCAUACUGUGUUGUACACUAAGUUGUGAGGCUUGUUGGGUUUUUGAUACAUGAAAGUAUGACAGUAUUACACAUGGCACAUGGAAACAGAUUAGAGUAAAACAAGAGGGAGCCUUUUUUGGUUAAGUUUCAGUUUUAGGGAAAAGUGACAAGAACGCAUGUGAUUGGAAAGUUGACAGCAAUGAUAGAGUCAUGACACGAAACCUGAUCUGCUUUCUUGGAAAUGUUUUGAUGUCCUCUUCAGUGGAGCUUUUUUUCCCCUUUUAAGCUGACACAAGAAUGUCACAUAAAAUAAAAUAUCACCAAUUAGAAAAAAACAAUGCUGUAUGAGACCUGGAGAAGUUGAAAAGACAGAAGGUUGAGAAGAUGCAACUUUUAAAGCUGUAAAAAUUGUUUCUCCUCAUUAUUGUCGAAGUCGUCCUACCACCAUUUUAAAAUACCUUUGAUCAAUAUUUGAAAAUGCCAUAACUUUAAAUGUAAAUUUUUCUCAUAUAAUAUCUACUAAACAGCACGCCAAAACCAAGAAGAAAGAGCAAAGUUUCUAUGAAUCUAUUCCAAGUUAAAUUAUCUCUAACAUGGAUGAGAAUAACACAGAUUUUUGUUCAAAUACUCCAAGUUUCAGAGGGUUAAUAUCAAUUACGCUCAUUUUAGUGAUGCAAUUUCAGUUGUACUCAUUUUUAGCAUUUUUCAAGUCAGUGUGACAUCAUUUCCAUAAAAAUAUCUCAAAAACUGGACAAACUAGACAAAGACUAUGAAGAUGUGCAUGUCAGAGCAUUGUUAGCCCAGUGAUCUAAGCCAUGGCCAGUUUCUGCACAUUUUCCCCAACUCUCUGCUGUCCUCACUGGCAAAUAAAGGCAAAAUGUUCCAAAAAGAGCUUAAAACUUUAAAAGAUAUGCAUAUAAGCAAUUUUUUUUUUUUACUACUGCAUCGGUUGUUUGGCUCACAAACUUUUUUGUCUUUUCCAAAAUCAGGACUGCUGCUGUCUGUCAGCCUUGCAGUGCUUUCGGGAUAACCUGCCGGACGGUGCAGGGAAAAAGCGAGUCAAACUCUACAGGAGCCUGAAAGAUCCUCUGACUGUGAGUACCUCAGAAAAGAGCAGAAGAGACUUGCUUUCUGUGUAAGAGUGAAGUCAGCUUUGUAGGAUUUUCCACUUCUAAAACGCACAAAUGUGUUUUAUUGAUUUCAGGUAAAGGGUCUGAACUUCUGUGAUUCUGAGAACGCUCAGGUGAGACAUACUUCAGCAUUUGUGAUAAGAUUUUCUUGAUGUGUCAGGUACUGUUGUGUGUCACAAUCAUAUUGGCUGAUCUGUAGUAAAUGACUUUUCUGCUCCACAGACUACCUGCCAAGCCUGCUCCGCACACCCGCAACAAAACGCAACAGUAUUUUUCAACAGACUGGAGACUCUGAUUAAAAGUGUAAGGACACUUUUUAAAAUACUCUAAAAAGUAUAUAUUCACACACAUGUGCCACACUUUAACACUUCUCUGUUCAAUUUAUUCAUAUCUCUUUGUCCUUUUUCAGGCCAUAAUGCGACUGAGAAUGAACUGA